AUAAAAACGUCUAACUGGUAGAUAAAAGUCUGGUAAAUGUUGAAUAAAGUAUUAUUCCGCAAUUAAAUAAUCACUCCACAUAAAAUAAGCAAAAUAAAACCCCAGCUGCUGCAACAAAAAGCCUCGGGAAACGACUAGAAAAUAAACUACGACCGGAACCACAUCUGUCACCUGUCAACCUCACAAUUGGCGGCAAAUGACGUCUUUCCGCCACAACAUGGCCGCCGGCGGCGCGCGCAGGCUCGACCGCGGUCCGCACACGCGCACUCGCCUCCUCCCACAAUCGAUAGUGCAACUCAGGUCGCACAACAGCCUGUUGGCCUCGCGAGUUUCACGACAUAUUUCUGAUUUGAGAGGAUUUUUCGGGACUGAAUAGUGUGCAAAAAACGUCAAGGUGUCUGUGUCCAGCAGUGUUCUUCCGGGGGCCAUCACCAUGAAGAUCCUGGCAGCGCCCGACGGGCCUGCGAUCUCGCCCGUUGAUCCUUCGGGCGAAUGGCACGGUGCGACAUUUUGGCUGCUAGUGCUAGGAGCGGGCGCGCUGGCGCUCGCCACGCUCGCCGGGAUCGCCUGCUGGCUCGCCAAGCGACGUAACUCAUUGCACAAGCUAGGAGGCAAGCGCGGCCCAGACAAGGCACUAGUAUUCCAGCCACCACGCCGCGCCACUGCUGUACGAUCCCCCGGCUCAGCGACCCACUACCUGCGCAAGUCUCCGUCACCUACCGCACCGACUGCGCCAGCUACCUCGCCGCCUAACGCGCCGAUCCCGCCGCAGAUCCCGUCAUCCGGCGGCAACAGUCCGCACACGCCGACCGCGCCAGAACCGGCCCCGCUGAGCAAGGAGCUCGCCGACGCCAAUGCCACAGAGAAGCCGAACAAGCCCGCCGACUCGGACAACAACGAGGGAAAGCUUGGUGACUUGCAUUUUAAGCUGCGAUAUGAGAACGAGAAGAGCGCAUUGGUGGUGUCGGUGGUAUCCUGCCAGGGUCUACCUGGCCGCGAGCCCGCGGGCCCUGACCCCUAUGUCAAGCUGCAGCUGCUCCCGGACAAACAGCAUAAAGUCAAGACCAGGGUGGUGCGCAAGACCCGCUGCCCCGUAUAUGACGAAGACUUCACUUUCUACGGCCUGGCUCCUCAUCAGCUUCCCGCCAUCACUCUGCACUUCGUUGUACUCAGCUUUGACAGAUACUCCCGUGACGAGAUAAUCGGCGAGGUGGUGGCGCCACUGUCAACGCUGCAACUGCAGAGCGGCGAAGCCAUGGCGCUGUGUCGCGAAAUUCAACCACGUAGUCUCAAGAUGCGCAGCGUGGGGCGCGGUGAGGUGCUGGUGUCGCUGUGCUGGCAGCCGGCCGCCGCGCGCCUCACCGUGGUGCUGCUCAAGGCGCGCAACCUGCCCAAGAUGGACGUCACCGGGCUCGCCGACCCAUACGUGAAAAUGUACCUACUGUACAACGGUCAGCGCAUCGCCAAGAAGAAGACGCACGUGAAGAAACGCACGUUGAACCCCGUCUUCAAUGAAUCCUUCGUUUUUGAAGUCCCGGCUGCGCCCAACGCCGCUCUUGAUCAUGUGGCACUAGAACUCCUGGUCCUGGAUUGGGACCGCGUCACCAAAAACGAGGUGAUCGGUCGGCUGGAGCUGGGCGCGGGCGGCGCGGGCGCGGCGCGGCACCACUGGCGCGAGGUGCAGGCCGCGCCGCGGCGCCAGAUCGCCGACUGGCACAAACUGCGCGAGUAGGCCGGCUCCACACUCCUUAACCCGGAACUUGACUAAUGUUACAUUUCUUUUUAAUCUCUCGGUCUCGGCUCUCGAACAUAUUAUUGACCUGUUCGUUUUUUUUCUUUUGACCUGAAACUUUGGUCAAUUUAAUGUUUUUUAGAACACGACGCUUAUGAUUUUCUCUAAAGAUGUAUUGCUAAUUCCAUGAGAUAGGCCCGAGCUUAGGGAGUGGGAUUGGGACCCCAUGAUUAUGACUGUCUCGCAUUCUUUUUUAACCUGAAACUUUCGCCACUGCAGCGUUCUUUAGAACGCCUGUUUUGGUUUAAGACUAGCGAAUUUUUACACGCGUAUACAGCCGUUUCGGCAAACGUCCGUAUACGCGCACGUAGAAAAUGCUAAUCUGAAACCGCCCUUAACGAGACCAUAAUUCCAUUGUGUAACGAAAAUUUGAUCCAGAAAUAUAUGACGAUGUUUCGUUUGGACGACAAAUAAAUUAAAUUGAUGAUGAAUUAAGGCUCAACUUAAGUCAUCUCGCGUACCUAUAGUAGUUUUGAAAUUCACUUGUAAAGUCAGACCAGAAUAAGUUGACAACGAUUUUGACAGCCUAGACAGCGCAGGUGUUAUUUUAGACUAUGACGUUUAUUUAACACUUGCACAGGAUGGGCUACCAACACUAAAUCAAAAUCACUGCCAACUGAGUUUGAUCUGACUUUAAACUUUUCAGGAUUUUAUGACCAGGGGGCCUACCGCGAAAACCGAAAUUCGCAAAUUGCGGGGAUCUUUCUCUUUUACUCUUAGUAAGACGUAAUUAGAGUGACAGAGAAAAAUGCCCGCAAUUGACGAAUUUCGAUUUUCCCGGUAGCUGCCCAGUGUUUAGAUAAACAACUCACUAUACCAAGCAAACGAUUCUACGGCAAGAUAAACCUAACAUAAAGUAUGUAAAAACGUAUCAGGAACAAAAAGGUAUGAGAAAGCGUGUGUAGAUUUGAAUCAAACGUUACAUUUUAUCAAUUUUCAGGUUACACGAGAGUACAACACCUAUCUUAUGCCAUCUCUUUGACCACCCUUUUUAAAUUUAAUUUCUUCCAUAAUUAUUUGCUAAUUCAGAUACGUUUUUGGUAAUUAAAGACAGCAGUUGUUGGAGAGGUCGAAAUUUAUACUAGUUUGAAAUAGGAGGGAAUGUCUUGCAGUACUUCCAUCCUCAAUAUGGAAAUGUCUAUCUACCUAUUCGUAGUUAUGAGCGUGAAUAAACAAUAGCGCAUUGUUUAAGGGCUUAUUACAUCAAUCCUGCGGCUAGACCUUACGUUCGAUGCCGACAUCGGUGUCGGGUCGUACUCCGUUUCACAAAAUAUCAGCACAUCGUUUACAAUACUUAGUUGAAAUGUAAAAAAAUAAAUCAGUGCAAAAAUAUCAAACAUUACACAUUUUUUCCAAUUCGAGACAAAAUGUGUAAUAAUGUCGUUAACGAUAUUAUUAUAAUUCGUGAAACGGAAAAUGACUCUUUCAAGAGCCAUCGGGCCCGUUAUCACUUGCGAUCGUUAGUCGUUGGACGGCAGGAUGGAUGUAAUAAGCCCUUCACUCAAAAACUACAUUCCGUUUAUUGUUAUGUACGUUUAUAGUUUCUUUAUGUAAAUACGUAUAUUUUUUCUUUCUGUGUGCGACGAAUUGAUUUUGAUAAAUAUUUAGUUAGGUAAAUAUUUAUUACAAAACGUUUACUCGUUUGCAGCCGGAUAACAGGCAAAGACAAAAGGGAAAAAUGUUAUAAUUGUCGAAUGUUUUGUUUACUUCACUUAUUAUUGAUGCACGUUUAUAUAAUCGAAGCUCGAAGGUUUUCCACCACAAUGGUUAAACCAAAGUCCAAAAAAGAUAUGGAGUUAGCUAUAAUUUUGUAAUUAUAAAGUAGUUAGUAAAUCAUUCUUAUUUCCAGACCAAACCAAUCUCAGGACCCUUAAAGUAUUACGCACACAGUUUUGUAUACUACUCGAUUUUUCAAUGUUUCAAAAACGAAACUUUAUUCAUAUUUUUGUGUAGUUAAACUUGAAUGUAGACACCGGGAUCUCGUGUUUAAUAUAGAUGUAGAUUGUAUUGUUUAUUGUGAAGAAGUAGAACCUCGGUCUUGCUUCGUUUCGACUCUACAUAUCUGUAUAUAAACACUGGAUGUAACAUUGGGAUGUAGGAACAUAUAUUAAUAUGUCUUGAAAAGAUUUGGACAGUUAAAAAGCCACUUGAUGCAAGUUAAACGCGAUUUGAUUCCUUUAUACGUUUUUUGACGUUAUUUAGUUAUCUUUACAAGAUUAUUUGUAUAUUAGGAACGAUGGCCAUUGACAUAUGAUAUGAAUAGAUAAAUUACAGUUAAGGCUUUAUAAUCAAUACAGGUAUCUAUAGAUAGUAGCUUCACUACUGAGAUGAUACAGUCGACAUCGAAUACGCCGGUAUAUUGGUUCGAUUUGUAGCUGGCUCCGACGGGCUAAUCCUUUGUCUAUUGUUAGGUAAAACCGCACGUGCUACUACCUGCAUAAAAAAUGGUCCGGUCACUUUAAGCGGUUAUUGAAUUACAACUCCUAUGGAAAUUGCAAUAAGAUUCAAAAUUAACAAAUUGAAAAAUAAUUUGCGAAUUGAUUGAUUUGAUUUUUUGAUAAUUUGUGAUAUGGUCCCUCUACGGUUACUGAGUGCCAGCGACUCGUACGCUACAGAACCAGUCUAAAAGGUGUCCUCGAGAUGCGUAACAAAGGCGCGUUAUCGGAGAGCGCUCCUACACUGGAUUUUUGAUUAUUGGACUAGCCCGCGCUCAGGUGUUAAUUAGAAUUAUACGACCUUUUUUUGCAGGUAGUGGCACGUGCCGUUUUACUUAACAAUAGAGAAAGGAUUAGCCCGUCGGGGCCAGCUACAAAUCUAACGACUAUACAAGUGCAACAUUACCUGCUUUGAUAUACUCAGUGGCGUAGCCAGACGUGGGCGUAGGGCUUAUGCGGGUUAGCCUACGGCCACGCACUUAGGGGAGCCCGCAGUCAACAUUUUUACUAUCUUAUACAUUCAUUUUUAUUUACAAAUUGUAAAGGGCCUCAUAGGUGUGGUUUCGCCCCCGGCUAGAUUAGUUCACGCUACGCCACUGGUGUCGACUGUACGAGUAUUUAUUAAUUAAUUUAUUGAGUGGCAAAUAAAAUAACUUUAUGUCGUCAAAGUAAUUGUGUCAUUCUACUUGACCGUUAGCUUUUGGAAUCUUAUGGUUAAUGAAAUGUUGAAUGGUGUAAAUUACGUAGGACGCAAAAACAUGUAAAGAUACAUACCUACAUACAAACAGAUCAUAGUCGAUCAUUGUUGUCUAUGCUUUAUGGAUGAAUUUUAUGUCUACAGAGUUCAGAACUUUUAUUAGUCUACAUUAAUAAUAAUUUGUGUAACGAAAGUUAUGUAUGUUUCCUUGUCGUUAUGGAAAGGAAUCAAUUAAAUACAAUAGGCAAUAUUAAAUAAGUACCUACUCCAAAACGGUUAAUUUUAAAAAUAUCGUAUUUAAUUGGAGUAUCUGACUCUAUUUUAUUGUACAACGUAAGAUGUAUAUUAAAUUACAGCUAUUUUUGUUUCACAAUGAGAUGAAGUACCUAUAAUUUAAAAGAAAUCAAGCUAACGAUUUAUUUAAUUUCCUUUUCUUUAUAAAAGUUUCUCUCUUUUAAGCAUAGACAACAUUUUAUAUGUAUUUAUAAUUUUUAAAGCAACUACAUGUAGUUUAACAUCAAUACUCAACAUUAUCAGUUAGUCGGAAGGAAAUACUAUGUAUAGAGCUAGGAUAGGGAAAUCAAUCUAUUUUAUACUUACAUUACGUAGUUCGUGGAUGUAGAAUAAAUCUUUUACUUCUACAAUAAUUAAGUGUAUAUUUGUAAGCUCAUUGAAAUAUCCACAUUUAUAAAAAAAAAAACAAUAUUAAUUAUUAUGUAAUCAUGAAUGUAAAAAAGCGUAGACAUGGUUAAUAGUGGAAGAUUGCAACUCAAACUAUAAAUGUAAAAGAUGCGGAUAUUACAGAAUGACUGGAAAUGUUUUAAAACCAUUGCCUCAUUAGGUAGUAUUUAACGUGUUUAAUAUUUAGUGUCACAAUUUAUCGUAAGUAUGGUUGGAAGGUAACAAACUUAAAACAAUUAUGUUAAAGAACUGUAAAAUAUUUAUAAAAUACAUAAAUAAUCUUUCAAACAAUAACGAAACAAUUUAUUUAAUUUUAUACAAACAUAAAAUAGAGAUGGAAAUAGUCAUGACCAAUUAUUUACUUUUUCAUGUAGUGACAAUAAAAUUGCACGAUGCGCAGCACAGCCAACAAAUUUUUCACUCUUGAGCGCUUGAUUCUUUUUCCACCUCUGCAUUUGAAGUUAAAGUACAAAUGAUAGGAAGAUACCUUCAUGCAAGAAAAGCUUAAUAGCCAUAUUGGUAUGGUAUGAAAUUGAGCUUGAUUUAAUGUACCUGCCGAAAGCACUAGGUAAUCAACGUUCGGUGUACAUGAUUAUCCUAUAACGAACUAUCUUGUAUGAUACUCCAUACUUCAACAUUCCUUGGUGUAAAUGUAAAUAGUCAUGCUUUAGUGUUUAAUAACCGUUUCAUUCUACUCUUAAUUGUAAGUACACACAGUGGCGGAUUAACCGAACAGCAGAAAAGGCAUAUGCUAAGGGCCCCGCGCCUAGGGGGGCCCCGCGCACCGACCCCCUGACCAUGCGAUUUCGGUACGCGAAACCGACCAAGUUCAAGUCGAACAUUAUUUUUCGUAAGUGAGUGGCAAUUUUGAAAAAUUGUUAUUAUGCUGUCUAUAUAUUUUUCUUUAUUACGAUACCAUGUUUGUAAGGUUGAGGAAUGCACGGAGAUUUUAGGGCUUACGCAAAGACCAGGAGCAGAGUUUCACGUAAAACCGAAGGCGCAGAGUGUCUCAAAGCUUUUGUGCAUGGCGAAGCUGCAGGAAAGAUCAGAGCUCGGAGACGAACAAAAGAAGUUGUGUUGAAAAACUAACUGGUGAAAAGUAAGGAAGGAUGAUGAUCAGCUUUGCGGCUGUGGGAGGCUAAAGGGCGCGUUCCUCUCCGGCCUGCCGGGAGCACAAAAUAUGCCCAGUUGUUGCAAAGCCCUGAUCGUGAUAUUCGUGAUCGAACCUACCUAAUUGUCAGUGUUAUAAAAAGGAAACAGAGCUCCGCGUAGGCCGAAUGUCAAGCCCUGCAUCCGAGCUGGAAACCCAAAGCACUUUCGAGCGAGAAUUAAGGCCGAGCAGCAGGCGAGCCGAGUUCACAUUCGUUCCAUUUCAAACUAUGUUCUCCUAUAAUUCAGCCUUUGCAUGGAGGCGCCCCGCGAUAGAACGCUACGGACUUCCGUCCUUAUACGGAGCUCGGCCUACAGCCUCGCUCAUACUAGGGCAUCGGUUUCAUUUUAAGCUCUGCUUUCCUGCAGCUUUGCUAUCAGUUUCGCACUGGAACGCGACGAAAUCGGGUCCUCCGGAUAUUCAGCCCUAGGUGGGACUCUGCUUUUGGUCUCGUUUUUUGACUGACGUGGUCAUUGAUUCCCAGUUCCCAUUGCGUCCCUGAUACAUCCUACCUACUUUGUUCGUAAGUCCGACUCACGUUUCACCUAUUUUUAUAAGCUUUUAUUUAACUUGUUAUUCUAUUUUAUAUUUAUUAAUUGUUAUAGCUGCACUAGAAAUACACACUUGGUGUACAUUUCGACUGUCUACCUGUUACGGAUCAUACGAUAGAGCACACUGAACGACAGAUUUAUUGGAAAUUUUUUGAAUUUUUGUACAGUGUAGCAGUAAUAGAACAAAAAUCUAAUAAUUACGAUUUUUCUAUGUGUAGUAGGUAGGCGACAAUAUAAAUUUACAUAGAAAAUUUCAAGUGCUUAUUUAUAACAGUCUUCAUGUGGUACGUGGCCGCCCCGACCGUCUACUACCAGUCGACUGCUAGCGGAGACCCUGCUUGGACUUGGGCGAUCAGUUGAGAACUUGAGAAUGAGGCUGACUCAACUGAAAUCGGCUGGAAAGAGCUGGAAGUAGCCGCUCAGGAUCGCGACAAAUGGAAAAUUCUUCUGCGAGCCAUAUGUCCCCAAUGAGGGAUAACAGGAUUACAUCAUCAUCAUAAUCAUCAUCAUUUAUAAGGGUUUAUUUGUUUUUUUGUAUCACCUAUUACGGUAAUAAAAAACAGACCUCAAACUUGAUAUGAUAAUAAAAAAAAAUACACUACAUUUUUUAACACGAUAAAAACGAGUUCGAGCACAAGUCGGAAAAAAAAUUAAAACAUUGUAAAAAUGUUGUGAUAGUACUGAAUCCUCGUGGUGCGAGCCCGACUCGUAGUUAGCCGUUUUUUUUUUCUAACCAGAGGGGCCCCGCGAGUUAUUGUGCUAAGGGCCCCGCGCCUUCUUAAUCCGCCCCUGAGUACACACUUAAGAACCUAAACCUAACGAAUUCAUAGAUCAUAAAGUUGUUUUGAUUCAAAGCUUAUGACACAAGUAAAAUAAACGACCUUUUCGAAAAUUUGAUAGAUUGAUGAAAGUUAUUACAAUUAAAACCGUAAUAAGUAUGUCUUCUUUUGAUGUGGUUCCACUGUGCUACGAAAAGUUUCACAGUGUGAAACAUUUGUUACACAAUGGAACAAAUUAAAUUGAAGACAUAUUUGGCCUUAAUCAAGUAACAAAACGUUUUGUAAUCUAUCAUAUUUCUUCUAUAACCAAUAACGUCAUUUUGAUUAAAUUCUAAUUGACCUUAAUCGUUAUAUAAUGUGGAAGUUAUGGAAAUAACUAUCUCGUAAACUGCAACGAUCGUUUUCUUAUUUUUAAUAAAUAAAUGUUCGGGUGUGUAGCGAAGCUCUUCAAAAGGGCAAAUAUUUGUAAUAGUUGAUAAGUUAGAAGUGUUUGGACUUGGAAACAACUGAUACUUGUAACAUCUAUAAAAAUUUUAGAUUAUACUAGAAAUGUGACACCGUAAGUACAUAAAGUAUUUUGAUUCGUAAGCAUGACUUGCUCUUGUUUGAAAUGUCACAACCCUUUGAAUAUCAUACAUAGGACGUAUUUUCAAAAAUAAUGAUUUGAGGGGUGAGUUACACUUUCGUGCUUCCUAGGCAUUUAAAAAGUUACAUCAAAAGAACUAAGCUAUUAUUUGACGGUAAAACAAGUUAAAGUCCGAACACUUUGCUCGAGUAAUGUCCCGCGUUCGCCGCACGUAUAUCGUAUUAGUGUCGAUGUCACCCCACUGAUACCUACCAUGUUUGUAUACUAAGAAAUUUUAGUGAAUAAAUUAUUGACUGGUGCUUUCACAAUAA